AUGGUUCAGGAACUCAUGGGAAAUUGUACCAAACGGCCCAGGCGCAGGGCGCUCCAGGACCACUGGCCACGGCUGGGGUCCCCUGAGGGCUCCUGCCGCAGCACAGUCUCAGAGGAGCAGGGAGUGGUUUCUGAGUCACAGUCCCAAGCCUACUCAGUACUUAACCGCCUGGUGGGCCCAGCCUGUAUCUUCCUCCGGCCCAGCAUCGCAGCCACCCAGAUCGACAGGGAGCUUCGCCCAGAAGAGAUAGAAGAGCUACAGACCGCUUUCCAGGAGUUUGACCGAGACAGGGAUGGCUACAUCGGCUACCGCGAGCUGGGGGCCUGCAUGCGCACUCUGGGCUACAUGCCCACGGAGAUGGAGCUCAUUGAGAUCUCCCAGCAGAUCAGUGGUGGGAAGGUGGACUUUGAAGACUUCGUAGAGCUGAUGGGCCCCAAAAUGCUGGCAGAAACCGCAGACAUGAUUGGAGUCAGGGAGCUGCGGGACGCCUUUCGGGAGUUUGACACCAAUGGAGAUGGCAAGAUCAGUCUGGGAGAGCUCCGUGCAGCCCUAAAGGCCCUGCUGGGAGAGCGACUCAGCCAGCGGGAGGUGGAUGAGAUCCUGCAUGACAUUGACCUCAAUGGGGACGGACUUGUUGACUUUGAAGAGUUUGUACGGAUGAUGUCCCGCUGACUUGACCCUCCAGCAUGCGUGUGAAGAGACUCGAGCCCUGGAAUGCCAGCUCAGCCACAACCCUAGGGGUCAUCCAGUUCCACUCCUGGGCUGCCCAUCCAGAAGCCUCCUCUCCCCCUACCAUCACCUCCCCUUCCCCUUUAAGCUGUGGGUCUAUGUGUAAGGUUCCCUGAUUUCUCCCUCUCUAGCCUCUGGUCUCUACCCACUCCCUACAAGCCUUCUCCCAAAGUCCCUCUGCCCUGGUGGGCCUGUGUGUGCCCCUCCCCAGCCCUGUCCUCAUCCUUAAUAAUAAUAAAGUUUCUGGAUGUCUGACCACAAGGGACUUUUGCUCCCUCUUUGCAGACUGAAUGCUUGAAGCUUUAUCUGGGAAAGAUUUGAGUGACGUCUAGGACCAAAAGUGACCUUUAACAAAUGUUCUUGCAUUGACUCUACCCCUUGCUGGGUUACUACUGCGUAACCAGGUUCUGGCUGCCCGGAACCUAGCACCCGUGGCAGGAGACCUUGCAGGUGGAGAAGGAGCCUCAGUGCUGCCUUUGGGAUUGAGCUCAGAGGAGACACACUCUUGGCCCUGCACUUCUCAAGUUCAGAACAAGAUAGGGGUGCCAUUACAACUGCCUCUUGUCUAUAAAGCGGGUUGUAGCGCCUUGUCUUAAUUAACAUUUAUGAAGCACCUACUAUGUGCAAAACAGGGAUGGAAAGAUUCCAUAAUCUAAGGCUCUUGUCCUCAUAAAAACUAGAAUCUACUUGAGGGGAACAGAAUAGAAAUACAGGUGCUUCAAAGUAUAGAAGGUAAGAGCCAUAAGGGUUAUUGGUUCCAAGCAGUAAACAAGAAAUGUUUAAUGGAGUUUCUCUCCAGAGCUGCACCUUGAAGGACAGGCAGGAUUUUGAUAACUGAGAAAAGGACAUUUCAGGUUAACCCAAAGGAUAAAACCAGGAAGCAAGCUUGAAAGAUGGCCAGCCUUCAGUUUGCCUGGAGGGGAGGUAUGUAAAAGUGAGUCCACCUAUUCAGGUGGGUUCUAAAAGGGCUCUGAAUGCCAGGAUUGAGUUUGGACCAUAUGUGGAAGGUUGGGCAUGUGCAGGUUUGGAGAAGGAAAGACUGGACGCCAGAAGACCAUUUGGGAGGCUAAAGCCAUCAUUUAAGAAAGAAGAUGGGGAAGGCCUGAAUGAAGGUGGUGGUCCUGGGAGUGAAAAGAACAGGAUGAAUGAAAAUGACCUUUUCAAGAUGGCGGGUCCAGCCACGCCUAGAAGACACCCUUCCCAUCCUGCCUCACUUAUAACGUGGCCUCAUCUUCCUCCCCUCUACCAAUCAUGGAGCGGUCAAGCAGAAGGUGCCAGUGCUGGCCAGGGUGGACUCUAGUGUCACUCACUCACUCUAGAAAAUCCCAAUUAAUCCUUAAUCCUCCUUAAUUAGGAGAUUUCUCCCAACAAUCUGCAGUAUUGGGGCAGUAUACAAGGGCCAUAGGUAUUUGGGCUGAAGUUCCUCCAGGACCUCUCAAUCAUUUCUCCCUCCAAGAGUGAGCACAGCCCAGGAAGGGCCUUCUGACAGACCUGGGGAUGCUGAGGACAGGGACAAAGUCAACUCUGAAUUAUCUGUUCGCAAAGAGGACAGGUGAAGUGAGUUUGGAGUAGGAAGGGGCCCCCGAGCACAAGGGUUAUUAUACUCCUUUCUAUAAUCCCCCCUCCCCAGUGCUUAUAAGGACACACACACACUCCUCUCUCCAAGGCCUCCUUGUCCAGAAAGAAGCUAAGAAAAAUCCAGAGACCAGGAGAAGGUGGGAAGUGGGAAGAUCCAUAGGAUCUUCCAUAGUGCUCAUAGGACUUCAGAGCUGGAAGGUAGAAGGGACCCUGGAAUUCAUCUAGGACAGUCUCUUUUUUCCAGAUUUGGAACUUGAGCCCCCAAAAGGGGAAAUGACUUGCCCAAGGUGACAAGGCUAAAUUAGGGAGAAGCGAGACAGGAAGCUGGGGAUCCUGACUCCCAGGCCCUUGCUGCUCCCACCAGGCCAAGCUGCAGAAAUGGGAAGUAAUGAGGAACAUGACCCAGAUGGAAACUUAGAAACAGGAAGAAAUUCUAAGUUGCUUCAAAGAACGCCACAGGAGGACGUAGGACGAGCAGGCAGGCUCCCUGGAGCUGACACCAUGAAGCCUCCAUUGGGGACUCCCCUCCAAACCAAUCCAACCAGCUUCCAUUAAUCAACGCUCUUGGAUCAGGAAAGGCUCUGCUCACUGGGCAGGGGUGCCCCGCCCUCCACCUGCCCCCCUACUUCCUCCAUCAGUGGGAAGCUGAUCCCCGGUCUGGCCCCCAUUGCUCAGACCGAAAAAAACAAACCAGAUGCCAGUGUUAAAGUUAUUAAUCCUCCCAAAGCUCACACUGUGGUGGGAAGUGGGGUACUUGGGGGUGGGAGAACACCCAGGGU